AGAGCAAAGAAAUUGACAACCUGCACUCAGUGUGGAAAGAGUUUUACAUCUAAACAUAGUCUUGAGAUUCACAUGAGAGUUCAUACAGGAGAAAGACCGUUCACAUGUGAUCAGUGUGGGAUGAGUUUCUCAACCAAAGGUAAUCUUGAGGUUCACAUGAGAGUUCAUACUGGAGCGAAGCCGUUCACUUGUGAUCAAUGUGGGAAGAGCUUCACGAACAAACGUAAUCUUGAGCUUCACAUGAAAAUCCACACCGGAGAGAAGCCGUUCACAUGUGAUCAGUGUGGAAAGAGUUUCAUAUACAAAGAAAGUCUUAAGAUUCACAUUAGAGUUCACACCGGAGAGAGACCGUUCAUAUGUACUGAAUGUGACAAAAGAUUUCUUCAGGCAUCAGACCUAAAGAAACACUUGACAGUUCAUAGGAAGGAGAAGCCACAUUCAUGUUCUGUGUGUGGAAAGAGUUUUUCACGGUGGUCAUAUUUACAUGCACAUCAGAAAAUUCAUACUAGUGUGAAAGAGUUCAUGUGCUUUGAGUGUGGGAAGAGUUUUAUUUAUGAAACCAGUUUAAAACAGCACCAGAGAAUUCACACUGAAGAACAACCUUACAAGUGUUCACACUGUGACAAGAGAUUCAGUCAGUCAUCAACUCUGAAAACACAUGAGAGGAUCCACAGUGGAGAGAAGCUGCACACGUGUGAUCAGUGCGGAAAGAGUUUCUCUUGUAAAAGUCACCUGAAGCGACACAUGAAGAUCCAUGAAGUGGAGAAACCACGUCACUACAGUCUGAGAUCACGGAACCUGAUGAAUUUGAAUCUUCAGCUGGAGACUCUCCUGAAACUACAACAGAACGAUCAAAUCACUGUUAAAACACUCUGUAUGGAUUCUUCCCUUAAGAUCAGUAAACAAAGUCUUGAGGUUCACAUGAGGAUCCACACUGGAGAGAGACCGUUCACAUGUGAUCAGUGUGGAAAGAGUUUCACAUACAAAUGUCAUCUUGAAAUUCACAUGAGAGUUCAUACUGGAGAGAAGCCGUUCACAUGUGAUCAGUGUGGGAAAAGCUUCACAAAAACAUCAAAUCUUAAGACACACAUGAGGAUCCACACCGGAGAGAAGCCGUUCACAUGUGAUCAGUGUGGGAAGAGCUUCAGUCAAUUAUCAGACCUUAAAGAACACAUGAGGAUCCACACUGGACAAAAGUCAUUCAUGUGUGAUCAUUGUGGAAAAACAUUUAUACGGGCAACAAACCUGAAGGCACACCUGACAGUUCAUAUGAAGGAGAAGCCACAUUCAUGUUCUGUAUGUGGAAAGAGUUUUCCACUGCUGGGAAAUUUACAUAAACAUCAGAAAAUACACACUGUGCACCAGAGAAUUCACACUGGAGAAAAACCUUACAAGUGUUCACACUGUGACAAGAGAUUCAGUCAGUCAUCAAAUCUGAAAACACACAAGAAGAUCCACAGCAGAGAGAAGCCGCACACGUGUGAUCAGUGUGGAAAGAGUUUCUCUUGUAAAAGUCAAUUGAAGCUUCACAUGAAGAUCCAUACAGUGGAGAAACCACAUCCUAUUUGACACCUGAUGUCACCUGUUGGAAUUUGAGUUCCUUGCCGCUGUCGCCUUUGGCUUGCUUAGUUGGGGACACUUGACAUUUGAUAUUCAACAGUGUUUUGA